UACAUAGUGUCGCAAAUGAGUGAUUUCAAACAACUGGAGAGACGUUAAAACCGAUAUUUCCUGUGUUUCAUAUUUUCGCAUCGGUACAUUUGGUUCUGUCUUGAUUCAUAAUUGUUGUUACUGAAGUUAAUAUAACACUCUUUUUCUUUGCGUUUCGUUAGAUGUUUCAGUUAGCCGUGGUUUAGCCAGUUAGCUAAAGCCAAGUGCCCGUUCCUCAGGUUAAGCCAGAGACAGUUGAGAAAGUUAUGGUAUAUAGUAUCUUUGGUUAAGCUCUUCACAGACUAAAUGUCUGUUAGACGGGCUCUGGUGGAUUGUGCUGUGUUGUCUGUGCAAGAUGCCCGUGUGUUUUAUCCCUGCUGUAAAGGCUGCUUCUCAAGGAUUGAUGUUGAGCAGCAGGACGCGACGAGAUACAGAUGUUCCAAGUGUGGUUACAGCUGUGUGAGGGAACGGGUCGAUUACAGAUAUCGUCUCUCACUGAGGGUAACCCGGGACAGAUGCAUAUUUGGAGUAACAGUAUUUGGAACCUGCUUGAACCCAUUCUUUGGCAUACAUGCAAGUGGAUUACAGAGGUUGGUGGAGAACACAGAUCUACCAGUUGGAGCAACAACCAGAGCCUCACUGUUGAUGAAGGCUGUCGAGGACUGUUUCAUUGGCAGACAUUUCAUCUUUGGUAUAAAGGUAACCGGAACAGAAAGUGGGCUUUGGUUUGGAGGACCUCUUGGAAAUGGCUCCAGCAGUAAAGACACUGUCCAGUUUAUCGCCAGUCAGAUGAUUCUUCCUAAAGCUACAGGCCUGAGUGGCUGCACAGUGGUCAGUUAUUAUCGGAUCCUUCUUCAGAAAGCUGCAGAGUAUAAGCUGGGAUCAACUGACCCCAGCAAAACCUCCAGACCUCCAGAAACAACCCUGCUGCUGAUUACUCAUCAGUCUCCAGCCACCAGCUUCAAUAAUACCACACUUUCUGCCUCGGGUCUUCUUUCCCCAUCUCCACAAAGAUCACAGCACCAAGACUCCACCCUUACUCCGACCCCUCCGUGGCAACAAUCACUCGGACUAGUUACUUCAUCCGCGGAGCAAGAAGAACGCUGCAGUACCCAGGUCAGUGAAGAUGAGAACAGCCAACAGACAGACAACAACAAAACACUGCAUCAUGUACACAGAGGCUUCCUGGAGAACCAUAAAGUCACAGAGGAGAGAACACUGUCAGCUCUUCUUUCUUUAGAGAACAGUUCUUACAGUAGUCCAUCAUUUGCCAAAUACCCACACACAUCAGUUGUUGAAAACACCCCCAUCUUGAACACUUGGCUCACUCCCUCCCAGCCUGUCCAAAAAAGGGAUUUACCACUCGGCUCUAAGACGAAGGGGUUUUCUACCAAACAACUCACUAAAACCUGCUUGUCAAGCUCCUUUGCUUGGGAGGAUUUGCCUUUCUCUGAGAGUCUUUCAGAGUUUUUGUGUGAGGAAAAAGAUUUUAACAUUAUCAGUGAAAUUGAGCCACAUCUAAAUGUUCAAAAUCAGAAUGAACCAGUAAGAACCAACCUGGAAAUCAGAUCAGAAGACAAUAACUCAUCAAUUGAAUCGACUUCUGUUUGUGAAAGUAACACAAAGAUAACAAUUACUGGAUUACUGGAUAUCACUAAUACACCUGCACUGACCAAUGGAGGUGAGAGACAUGGUUUAUCUGACCAGUUAUGCAAGAACUCUGUUGGAUGUGUAAACAAGAGUCAAUCCAGAAGCAUUUGUUUCCACCAGUGUGAUCAGGAGGACGAAGAAGCUAGUUCUCUGUCUUUUGAAAACAAAGAAGAGCAGCUUGAAGAGGAUCCCUACGAUUUUUCCGCAGACCUAUUCAGUUGCUCACUCAUGAUUGAUAUGAACUCAAAGAUACUCGACACACAUGCAGGAACUGACACGGCAACCACAGAAGCUUCCUCACUGCUUUCCAGUCCAGACAAACAGCACCCGAGGACUGAAAAGACUAGUGUCCCGCAUUCAACACCAGUCAAACAGAAACUGAAAAGUAAUAAGUGCAUUAAUAGAGACAGUUUCAUUCCACCAGGCGCACAAGACCUUGACUUCAUCCCUCCAGCUCAGUCCACCCCAAUUGUAAAAGUAGCUGUUGUGUCAGGGUCACCUGUCUCCUCAUACUUCUCCUCAACGUUAAGUGAAUUCAGUUCACAACCAGACAGUCAAGAUUUUUGUGCUUUUUACAGUGAUCUGCCUGAAAUAGGCAGUAAAAAGCAGACACAAAUCAGCCCUUCUCUUUGUGAAUUGAAAACUGUCGGUGCUAAACAGCUGCCCCGGUGUGAGAGGGAGUCUACAAAAGAAAACUGGGUGUAUAGCACAACAUCCAGCAGACACAACUACAAAUCUACCCCAAAGAGGUUCUGGAAACCAAACAAGCAUAAAAAUCUUCCGCCGGAUCAGCAGCACCUGAGGGUCCAGAGAGGGGCUCUAAACCUGGGUUCGAGAAUAAGGAUUAACCACAAAUGUGACUCAAGUAUUUGUGAUGUGACUGUGUGUGAUCAUGAGGACAAUUACACAAUUGUUCCUCCUACUCCUGCUAAAACACGACUGAGUGUGAAGCUCAGAAGAAGGCAGGCUGAUAACAGCAGUAAUUUGGUUUCUACGUUGAAAGUGCAGCAGGGAGAUGGAGUUAAUUGUAAAAGAAAUGUGUUGGAUCAACAUCCAUCAUCUCUCACAUCAUCACAGAGAGGUCUGGCACAAACAGGAAAUUGUGACAGUGAAAUAGUUAAUGAGGGGAGUCUGGAUGGAUCUAAUGGUUACCUCUUUGAUGACAUGAACCAGACAUGUGAUUGGUCUAGAGAUCUGUUUUCUAACUCGAUCUGAGAGGUUCUCAUGCAGAUAGACCAAAGGUAUUUAUGCCUCUGUGCUGGCGACAGCCAACGGGCAUUACGUUUUCAGGUUGUCUGUCCAUGAAUGCAAUAUCUAAGUAACUUGGAGGAAUUUCUUCAAAUUUGGUACAAAUGUUCACUUGGACUCGAGGAUGAACUGAUUAGUUGUUAUUGGUCAAAAGUGAACGUCACUGCAACUUCACAAAAGCCUCUUGAAUGAAUAAAAGGAAAACAAUAAUAAAGACCACCUUGAGGGAAUUUCUUCACAUUUGAGACAAACAUUCACUUGGACUUGGUUAGAAUUUGGUGGUUAAAGGCAUUUUUUGACACAAUUUAACACAAAUGUCUAAUAAGAAAAUGAUGAAGUGAUGACAUCACUGUGACAUCAUAAUGUUCUGCAAAAUCAUUUCUGGCCAUUAUCCAUCACUGUAACUCAGGAAGGGGAGAUUGUGACCAUAUUUCAUGUAUUUCAGACCAGCAACCCAAAUUGUGAUAGACCUGCCACUCCCACUAUUGGUAAUGCUCCAACUUUGUGCAUAAGGAUCCCAGAAUAGAGCACAUAUAUUGAACACUAAAGAUAGGAGAGAGACUGUUGAAAGGCACUCUAGGAGCAGUCUUACUUGACACGCCUUCUGCUAUACACACAGUGUCUCUGAACUCUUGUGGAAAGCCUUCUCAGAACAGUGAAUGUUCUCACUGGAGCAAAGGUGGGGCAACUCCUUAGCCGGUGAUUUUCGAAUGAGAUAUUCAACAAUCAAUAUGGUUAAUGUUUGGAUGUCUGCAUACUGCUAGAGAUUUAUUUUGAAAAGAACCAUCACCUGCACAUGGUUUACUUUUAAAUAUUUCAGGCUUUUACAUGAUACGUCUCAGUAACUAAAACCUUCAUCAGAUGAACUUUUAAACAUUCAGGUGUGUUAUUUUUACUAUGUCUGAGGUACAGUAUUUGGACUACAGUGUAGGAUGUGCCAUGACACCUUAUUAACUCUGUGUUCUGAGCAGCUGUCUGCUGCUUUACCUUCACUGCUUUACCCUCAUAACUGGCAUCAUUGACUUAUAACCUUGUGUGUACACAGUUGGUUUUACAACCAUAUGAAUGUUAUUAAAGUGAAGAGACACUAAAAGGAUAAUGUGUGUAUGCUUGGGUGGGUAUGUGAUUAAUUUACUGCUGCUGCUAUACCUAUGGGCCACUGGAAUUUAAAUAUUAAAAUUCUUGACACAGA